AUGCUUCCCCUGAAUUUCCGCUUUGAGGGGAUUUGCGAAACAAGUACCGCUCUUGCCCCAAGAGAGUCAGAACAGACUGAGUCUGGGAGCACUGGCAGCGCAUAUGUCGGACUUAGCUCACUGACCUUCACAACAGAAACAGCCGGAAUUCGCCUCCCACCUCAGUGCCCCGUCACGCCCAGGGCAGAAGGCUCACCCGGUUCAUUUGGACAUCGUCACUUCCUCCUGACAAUCGAAUUGCAAACCGAAGAAAAGGUACGUGAUCGGUACAUAUCUCCGCCGCUGUAUUUCCACCCAACAAUACGUACCCAUUCCAUCCACUCCAAGUCCCCUCUUCAACUUCGUCUUCUUCUUCUGCUCCCGUCGGAUCUUCUUUUUCUCUUCCUCUUCUCUCUCUUUUUCUCGCACAUUUGCCAUCUCCGUUCCUCUCUCGGCGCGCCCAACCUCGCAACUUUCUAUUCCCCCGUCCCUCUCGUCCUUCUUCUCUUCUCCGACGGCAGGCCGGUUCGCCCUGUUAUUGCCCCAGAGGCAACACACAUCCUUUCUCUCCUCUCCUCUAACAUCGACCCUCGCACCUGGUUCCCGCUGCGUCUGCCAUCGCGUUCUCCCAAAGAAAGACAGGGACUCCCCUCUCUUCCCCUCGGCGACCACAAAAGACGGCACUCGCACGCCCACACCCACUCGCCCACACCAAAAUCAAGUCAGCCCCUGAUAUCAUCCUUUCCGGCUCCGUCCCUCCAUCUCCCCACCUCGCAAAUCGGCUCCAAAACACUUGACACCCUCGCCUCGCCUUUGUCAAGUACCUACCUACUGUACACCCACUUCCCUUCAACCCUUGCCUCGGGCUCCCCUGCUCUUGCAUCCGUCUUUCCCUCAACUUACAUCUAUACAUCUGGACCCUGGUGGCCAUCUGCUCCUCCUUGUCCGUUCUCCAACCACUCUCCUGCAUCUCAGAUCCUCUCGCCAAACUCCUUCCGCAUAUCUCGCCAGCCUUUCCAACGUCACGCGAUAAACGAAUCCCGACCUGUUCAGCUCAGCUCCUCCAGCUUGACUACGCAUCCAUUUCCCCUCUCUUCUGCAAGACAAGAAGACUUGCGGGUUUCCAUCACCGCUGCUCCUUCUCGGGAUACGCACCCUGGGUCAACCAAGAAUCAUUCCCGCCAUCACACGAUCCCUUUGGACACCGAACGCUACUUUUCAAGCAUCUUCUCAGCCCAUCCCGCGCCCACGGACAUACAAGGCCAACUGGGUCCCCGGGCCACUGACCGCUCACGAGUCAAGCCACUCAAGCCAUUCAAAAGCCUUCUGCCGCUCAUUCCCUCACACAGCCUGCUCUCCAGCAUCGACGUCCCCUAUUUCUCUCUCUUCUUUGUCCUGUCGUCUGCCUCGCCCAACGCCUCUGCCGCAAUCAACCAUACUCGUCGCUGUGUCGACAAGACUUGCCAGUCACUUGUAACGCACCUUGCGGUAUUGAACCACUUAGAACGGAAUUUCCAGGACCCGAGCUGCACUGCACCGCUACCAGCAUCAGCAUCAGCAUCCACCCCACUUUGGCCAGCUGCAAGUGGAGAGCUUGACCGAUUUAUACCCCUCGCAUAA